CUUGCUAGCACCAACGAUGAAGUCGAACAAAAGCAAACGGAUUCGAAUACUUUUUGUUCGAAGCCAUUUUGUCAAGGAUACGAGUCGUGCGCUGAGGUUGCUUUUGUCCUUUUUAUUUGAGCUACUUUGUUAAAUAAUACUCGUAUAAAUAGGCACGGCAUUACAUCGCCGAGAUAUUUCAUCUCCACAAAGUUAUCGUCCUAAUAUCGCAUGUCCUCUAUUCAGAACCUCCAAUCUUUUGAUCCCUUUGCUGAUGCAACCAAGGGUGACGACUUACUCCCGGCAGGGACAGAAGAUAAAAUCCACAUAAGGAUACAGCAACGAAACGGACGCAAGACCCUAACCACUGUUCAAGGGAUCGCGGCCGAUUACGACAAGAAGAAGCUUGUGAAGGCCUUCAAGAAGAAAUUUGCCUGCAAUGGUACUGUGAUUGAACACCCUGAGUACGGUGAGGUCAUCCAGCUGCAGGGAGACCAGAGAAAAAACAUCUGCCAGUUUCUCAUGGAGAUCGGCAUUGUCAGGGAGGAGCAGUUGAAGGUCCACGGAUUUUAAAGUAAUGCUGUUGCUUCAAGACCAGGACCUCAUCAGCUUUUAGACUUUUCUGUUAUGUAUUGACCAAUAAAGUUCAGCCGCAUGUCUGAUGUAAAACUCUGAGGCAAUAAAAACACAAUGUCACAUUUUUUAAAGCGCA